AUGCUUCGUUUGCCUAUACACCGACAUACUGCACUUCAGAGGGGUCUGGGGAGCGCUGUCUGUCUCUCUUCUCCUCCUCGGCUGCUGUCAACCGCAGCAGCAGCAGCAGCAGCAGCAACACCUGCAGCAGCAGCAGCAGCAACAGCAGCAGCAACACCACCAGCAGCAACAGCAGCAGCAGGGGAAGCUUCCUCUGUCGUAUCUCCAUCAUGGGGUCAGUAUACCCCUCUCUUUCCUCCUCCUUCUGUAUCUACAGCAGCAGAAGCAGCAACAGCAGCAGCAGCAGCAGCAGCAGCAGAUGGGGGGCCCCCAGGGCCCCCCAUGCGUGUUGGUGUGUUGAUAGUUGGUGGCGGUCUGACGGGGCUGACAGCUGCGCAUACACUGCAGCGUGAUAUAAAACCCUUUUGUGUAAUAGAAGCAGCAAAAGAAGUCGGGGGCUGUCUCCAGUCUCGUGUCUCUGCAUGCAGCAGCAGCAGCAACAGCAGCAGCAGCAGCAGCAGCAGCAGCAGCAGCAGCAGCAGCGGGAGUUUUUUAUACGAGUGUGGGGCGAAUAGUUUCAGAGCAACAGCUGAGGUGUAUAGGCUGCUGCAGCAGCUGCAGCUUUCUUCUUCGUUGCUGCUGGCACCAGCAGGGGCCCCCCGCUUUGCUGCUGCUGGGGAUCGUCUCCUCCCGCUACCCCACAGUUUUUUUUCUUUACUUUCUUCUCCUCUUCUCUCUAUGCAUGCAAAAAUUAAACUUAUUAAGGGGCUGCUGCUGGGGGCUGAGCCCUGGCUUGCUGCUGCAGCACCCAAACCUAAACUACAAACACACAACAACCCCACCACCAACCAGCAGCAGCAGCAGCAGCAGCAGCAGCAGCAGCAGCAGCAGCAGCAGCAGCAGCAGCAGGGGGGGGGAGAAGAGGAUGAUGGGGGCCUCUCAGUUGAAGAGUAUAUAACCCGAGUGUUGGGGGAGGAGACAGCUAGAAAGGUUGUGGGGUGUAUGGUUUCAGGUGUAUACGCAGCUCCUGCUUCAGCUGUAUCUAUCUCUUUUGGUUUUCCUUCGCUUAAACACUUUAUAGAUAAAGGCCUCAUCCGAACCCUAAUAAAAAAUAUAAUAAAUAAAAUAAACACAACAACAAAUACACCAGCAGCAGCAGCAGCAGCAGCAGCAGCAGCAGGGAGCAGCAGCAGCAGCAGCAGCAGCAGCAGCAGGAGGAAGGAGACAGAGACAUGGUCUCCUGCUGGGGGUAGUGGGGCCCCCCGGGUACUUUCUUUGCGUGGGGGCCUCCAAUCUCUCGCAAUAUGUUUAAAGAACUCUCUCCCCAGCAGCAGUUUGCUGCUGCAGCACUGUCUCCUUUCUCUGUCUCCUCUCUCUGACUAUAAAAAGGAGACAGCUGGCUUCCUAGCUACUGUAGCCACCAACAAACGCAUUUCUUUUAUCUAUGCUCGCCACGUACUCCUCACCAUACACCCCAAACAUCUAGCACAAAUACUAGGCCCAAACAAAUACAACCAAGGGGCCCCCCCAGGGGGCCCCCCAGGGGGCCCCCUGGGGGGCCCCCCAGGGGCCCUUCAAGGGCCCUCCCUGGGGGCCCCCCUCGGGGGGCCCCCAGGGACCCUCCAGGCGGUUCCUAACGGGGCCCCCCAAGGGGGCCCCUUACCCCCCCGCUUGCAAAGUGAAAGGGAUGGGGGGCCCCCUGGGGGGGCCCCGCAGGGGGGGGCCCCCAUGGGGGCCCCCAAGGGGGGGGCCCCCAUAUAUGGAGUUGAGAGGCGCCCUAUUCUGAGUGCUGCAGCAGUGCAGCAGCUGCAUUCGCUGCAGUAUUCAGGUGUGACAGUGGUUACGAUUGCUCUACGGCCUGCUGCUGCUGCUGCUGCAGCAGCAGCAGCACCUGCUGCUGCUGCUGCUGCUGCUGCUGCUGCUGGUGAGGGUACUGAUCUGUCUCCUCCUGGGUUUGGGUUUUUGGUGUCUCCGUAUGAAGCAGCAAAAGGAGGAUGGAGAACGAUGGGGGCCCUCAGCAUCUCUCACCUAUUUGAGGGUAGGGGGCCCCCAGGGUACGAGGUAUUGACAGCUUUCCUUGGGGCCCCCAAGCCCCCCGCUGCUGCUGCUGCUGCAGCAGCAGCAGCAGCAGCAGACCCAGCAGCAGCAGCAGCAGCAGCAGCAGCAGCAGCAGAGGAGCAGCAAAGAGAUGCAGUUGCAAGGGAGACAGAAAACAACCAAAAACAGCAGCAGCAGCAGCAGCAGCAGCAGCAGCAGGAGCAGCAGCAGCCGCAGCAGCAGCAGCAGGAGCAGCAGCGGCCGCAGCAGCAGCAGCAGCAGCAGCAGCAGCAGGAGCAGCAGGAGACAGCAGCAGAUGGUGACGAUCCCCACUAUGGGGCUUAA